AUCCGCUGGUUGGUGUAUAGUAAGACUAAUAGACAUUACUGUAGGAGAUAAUAUCAAAAAGUGAUCAACGUUAAUUCAUUCAAUUUGAGACAAAAACAUCAAAUAGGCUUGGGGGUUUUAGGGUUCUAAUCACCAACGCUGUUGAUCAUAGAUUGUUCAAAUAUUUCGCGCGAAAAUUAUGGAUCAUGAAGGGCUGAGAGGCUCUUCAAACCCAACUGCAUUGCUGGCUUCUCUUAUUGGCAAAAGAGACAAGCUUCACGAUGAGCUUCGCAGCAUCGAAAAGCAGGUCUAUGAUAUGGAGACAAACUAUUUACAGGAUCCAAGUCAGUGUGGCAAUGUAUUGAAAGGUUUCGAAGGGUUCCUAUCUUCAUCUAAGAAUACUGCACUGUUGAAGCGGUCUAGGAAGUUCCAGCCUGAAGAUAGGCUUUUCUCAUUAUCUUCUGUCACCUCACCAGCAGCUGAGGAGCAAGCAGCGGGACGUGAUGAUGGGAGAUCAGAAUAUGGUGUAGGUCGUCCCAGGGGCGGAGGGAUAUAUGCAAAUGGGCAGGGAAAACCAAAGAAGGGAAGAGGUGGACCAAGAGAAGCUAAGAGAACCAGGCCUGCAGCUGAUCCAGAUUUUGACUAUGAUGAUGAUCCUGAUUUGACUCUGUAAAAUUGGUGUAGCCAGAUGAUAUGAUGGGCACUGAGAACUAAUCCUGUUGGUUGCUCCUGUUUGUUUAAGACAGUUUUGUGUUCUGUAAAAAGAAAUGUUUCUACUGUAAAAUUGCUCAUGCUUUACUGUUUGGACAAUGACAAAAUUGAAUAAUCUGAUCUC